ACAAUCAGUGCUAGAUUUGGUAAGUUUGAUACAUUUUUGGCUGAAAAUGUUUUAGUAAGAAUGUAUGUAGACAAUUAUUUCUGUUUGUUGCUGUGUAUUUUUAUAUUAGUGCAUAUAAAUGAAAAAAAUAUCUUGGUUACGAUAGUAACCGAGACGGUCCCCUUCUGUCACACACUCGACGUUGUGUCGAUGAAGUGACACUAGGGGUCCCUAUACAAAAUGCCACGACUACUGAACUGUGUUACGUGGACUAGCGAGGCGAGACGGGCAGACCUCUGUGUGCCUCGUAGCCAGCGCACCCAGCCAUCACGUAACCUCCCCCAACGCUCUUGUGGGCGUCAAACGGUCCCCUGCACCUCAGGGAGUGCACAAAAAAAUGAGGACCGGCCGGCCGGCCCAACCACGACCUUUUCUCUUUUUUUUUCCUCCCCAAAAGGAACAAAAUCGUUCAGCUGGGGGCCAUAUAAGGUCCAUGUUGGGGGGUGUACCUCCAAAGAGGACACCGCGGAGACCACACCCCACCCAGAGAGGGGGGGCUUUUAAGUGGAAAUACGUCACAUGGUCUUACCGAGUCUAGUCGGAAGCACGUCAUGUGGAAGGGUCCCGUGGUAGGUCCUACCCGAGGGGGGAGGAGUUUCUACAGACACGGUGACCCAGGGCAGAGGGGCGUCUGCCCAAGGAAGAUGCGGUUUACCAAUGGGGAAACCACUUUGCGGAAAAUACAUCACAUGGGGUUACCAAUGGGGUAACCAGUGCAUGUGGAGCACCUAACCCAGUACAGGGCCUAAUUAGCACACGUACUGGGCCGGCGGCGAGUUUCUCCGAAAACUGGUUAGCCACAGGGCUAAGGAGGAAGGACAUCCAGGGUCCACACUUUUGUGAACGCGACUGGGAGAAAGAGUGCACGUCUUCGCCUUAAGGGAGGGGAAAGGCGCUAUGCGCAAGCGGUACACCCGGCCGGCUGUCCCGAGACUUACCUGUUUGAACCUGACAACACACGGGACGAAACCGGCUCAACCCGGAGGUUGUAGAACCUCGCAAAGGUGUUAGGUGUUGCCCAGCCCGCUGCUCUACAAAUGUCUGCUAGAGAGGCGCCGUUGGUCAGAGCCCAGGAGGCUGCUACACCCCUGGUAGAGUGGGCACGCAGCCUCUUAUAUGUUAUAUGACCUCUUAUAUGUCAAAAGAUCAAGGAAAAUUUGCUUCCUCAUGUCAUGACCCCUUUAAAGUGUAAAAAUAAAAUUGCUUGCAGAUAUUGUCUAAUACUAAAACUAUUACAACUUCAUCUUAACACAUGCAGAAAAGUGCAAACAGUGCAAUUAUUGCAGUUUUUUAAUGUUAAUGAGAAAUGUCCAAUAUAAUGCUAAAUUGCUUAAUCUAUUAACCCCAGAAAUCACACACAUUUUCCAUUUAAUUAAAGUAUUAGUAUUGGUCCUUGUAUUAGUUGUAUUGGCCUUUGUAGUAGCUAAAUUAAAAAGAAGUGGUAUCACUUAUCUCUAGAAACCCAAGAUGUUUAUUUUGUGGUUGUGAGUUUUAGUUUUAGGAUGUAAAGCUUGCGAAUAUUGUAAAAGGGUUCAAAGUACAUUGUAUUAUCAUUCAGCAGUGUAUAAGAGAGAACUUUUACCUAAGGUGAGGCAUAUCUACAACACGGGACAACACGAGUGCUUGCAAAAAACAAAAGAAAAACAGGCCGUUUCCAGUUGUUCAAGUAGUGGUAAAUUAAAUACAUAAAUAAAUACAAUAUAAUGGGAGGAAAUGUGGAAUUAGUAGCUGUAAGGGGGUUCAGUGGAAAGGAGGAGGUGAGAACCGGCUUAAUAAUAUAAAUAAUAAUUUAAUAAACAAUUUAAACAAAACACACAACCAAAAACACACAGUACAGCUGCCUGCAAUUCUCUCUCUCUCGAACUGUCGUCCCCGGCCGCCUUUAUCCCUCGCGCGCCCCAUCAGGCUGAUUGGGGACCGGGUGUGUCUCAUUCCAGCCCGGCCCCGCCCUCCUCGGCUCUACAGUAGCACAAAACACUUCUUGAAUUAAGCAAUGUGCACAUGAGUAUUAAAGUAUAUGUGCUGCAGGUUGUGACUAAACACAACGUAGCGAAACGUAGCAAAAUGAAUGGAUUUUCGAACAAAAACACAUAAGUGUGGACGUGGUCUAAGAUAACAUUAAGAUGUUUUUGCUUUAUUCUUCAGGUUGUAAGAUGAAGUUAACCAGGACAAAACCAAAAUGGAUCAUCACACUGAUUCUUGCAUUUCACAUCACAUCUGUACAACUAGGUGUCGUAUCUGCUCUCCUCUACUGUUACUGCAACCAAAAAUUUUAUUUGAUCAUGUAAUUGAAUUAUCUUCUCAUGAUGCAGAUGUGAGAAUCCUGAUCUUUGGAGUCAAAAGUGACUCCAGAUUCAGAGCUGCAGAUAUUCUGUUAGGAAGGAAAGUCAGCAGACAGAUGAUGAAGAGUGAAGUCAUGACAGAUGAGGGUCGUGUAAUGAUGCUGAUCACUGGACCAAACCUCUGUGAGAAGAAUCCAGCGAGUCAGGACUUUAAUACAGCUCUGUCUCUCUCUUCUCCUGGACCUCACGCUGUUCUGAUCACCCUCGGUCUGGAAGAUCUACAAUCUGAACAGUGUGAUCUUCUCCAACAAGUCCAGGAGCUGCUGGGAGCACAGGUUCUGCAGUACUGCAUCGUUCUUCUGCUCCAGAAGGACCCGCAGAAACCUGACAGAAACACAGAGAGAGUUGGAGAAAUCAUCGACGCAUGUCGAGGCCGAUUUCACAUCGUCACCAACUCUGAACCAAAACCUGCUCAAACUACAGCUCUUCUAGAGGAAAUACACAAGUUAGUUUGGCUCAAUAGAGAAACAUUUUACUCAACAUUGAACGAGACGCAUGAGUUAGAAACAGAAAGGCUAGAGCUUUUGAAAAGACUGCGAGAAAUCGAGACAAGACUUGAAGAUGAUGCCAGUCAAGAUGUAAAUGAAGAAAAUCUUCGCUCAUCUGUGAUAUAUGACAAUUUAGAAGGCGUAUUUGGAAUUUUGCAAUGGAUUUUCCUCAUUUCAACAGCAGCUCUUGUUAUUUUCACUAAAGUGAUGGACAGAGAUGUGAAAUACGUGGCAGGAUUUGCAGCAGUUCUUGUUUUAAUAGUAAUUUUAACAAAUACUCUGAGUCCAGAUGUCGCUAUACCGCUAAAUUUGGCCUUGUGCUCAUCGUUAGCGACUCUUCUAAGCAAUGAACUAAAUGAAGGGUUCAUGACGUCCGGCAGAUCAUUUCCAAUCAUCAUGAAACUAUUUUUCUUUUUUCUACUUCCAGGCACUGUAGUGGUUUUUUUUGUGAUCAUGGGAUUAGCAUUAGCCUUUGGAACAAUUAUUAGCAUUAGGACGUGGUCGGACGUGCUCGUAGCAUGCCAAGCCGCUCCUGGGAUCACAAUCGGAGCUUUUGCGUUCUUAUUUUUCACUACUGGAAACAAUAAAAUACCGAAAUGCACAGAAAUAAAUAGCUGUGACAUUUCACUCUUAGCGCUCACAUCAUUUGUGUGUUGUAUAGUCGGUGCGACACUCUCAAUGGGUUGCGUGACUGUGUUUGCUCUGUUGGGUGUGAAGAUGACAAUAAUUCUGCUAAUAUUAGCAUUUACAAUAGCAUAUUUCCAUUUUAACAAAAAAACUGUACAAGGUGUAAUCUGCCUAACUGUUCUUAUACCUUUUUUUUCAUGUUGUUGUGUGUUUAUUGGUUCUGUGAUUCUUAUUUUAGUGACGUUAGUAAGUUUUCUCAAAUUAUUAAUAUACAACUUGCUCAGUUCGUACUUGUUUUAUGUAGCGUUAAUGUUGGGUUCAUUCCUUGUAAUUAAAGAGUGCAGACUGCAUCAGAUCAAUCAGGAAUAGCAACUAAAUCACAAAUGACACAAUAAAAUGUCAAAAUGUAUAAUAUAAUGUAAAUGUGUAAUAAUUGUGAGCAGUGCAAUUCAGCCACAGGUCUGUGUGGGUGUCUCGUGCCGCCCUCCCGCAAGAUGCCACACAGGGUAACUGCACAUUUCGCCCAUGCCUAAAUCCGCUACUGCACCCAUGGUUUUAUUCACAUUAUUUGUUUUACUGAUUUGUUCAUAUUGUUGUGUGCUUAUUAGUUCCAUCAUUUUAAUUUUAAAACACUUCUUCCAUGUUUUAUAUAAUUACUGUUUGGUUUUUCUAUAGUAAUCGACAGAAUCUGUAACGCGUUUUUUCUGAACAUAUAAUGCUGGAAUUUGGGUUUGUGUUUAUAUUAUGUGAUUGUUAGACUGUUAAGAGGUCAUAUCAAUUUUAUUUCUUUCUUUCAUUUUUUUUUUUUACUUAUUUACUUCCUUAACACACAUACCUGGACAUAUUAUGACUGAUUAAUUAAUGAAAAAAAACAACUUUAGGUGUGUAAUCUUUAAUCAAAAUGUAUUAACUUGCUCUGCCUAUAAAAUAGACGCAUCUA